AUGGGUGGGGGCAAAGGUGGAGCCUCCAGUGCAGCGGCCGAUGGUGGCUUGGGAGAAGGGAAAUCUUCCUUUGCUACCAGUCAACUGCCUUGGAACCAAAUACCCAGUUUUACUGCGGGAGAGUCGGAUUUGGAGGACUAUGCCCAGAAGCUAAUGUUCCUACAUUCGAUCUGGCCAGAAGAGUACAUCUCACAUUUGGCCCCGAGGGCCGCUUUACAGUGUGAUUCAGUGUCAUUCAAGAAGGUGUCCAAGAUCGACCCAAGCCGACUCAAAUCCAAGGAUGGUUGUGAAGAGAUCCUCAAGGCAUUGGGGAUGCAGUGGGGACGGUUCCAGAAUGAGGACCGCUACGUGAAGUUCGAACGAGCCUUGUUCCUGACGACCCAGAAGCCAGAUGAAAGCAACGACAGUUACAUAGCACGCCAUGAGGCCUGCUUUGAGGAGAUCCUCCAAAAGGACAAGGGCGUCACACUGGAAGAGAUAAGGGCCUAUGUGAUGAUCAGACACUCCCAGCUCACAGGGGAUGAGAAGAAGAAGACCAACAAAGGGGAGUUGACCUAUGAGGCCACUCGCAAUUCCAUGAGACUCCUGGGAUCCAAGUUCUUCCAAGACCUUCAGGGUGGAGGUGGGAAGAAAUACAAAACCUACGACGUGCACACCGUGAAUGAUUCAGAACCAGUUUUCGCCGCCAUUGAUGAAGUGGUGGAUGAGGAACAGGCCUUCCAGGUGAUGUUGGAGCAGGGCGAUGAGGAUGCCAUCUUCAUCCAGGAGUUCGAAGACCAGAUCAUUGAAGCAGUACAAGAGUCAGGGGACCUUUCCAGCUGCUUCAUGAGCUACCAGGAUGCACGAGCGCGUCUUCGCGAACGUGCCCGGCAUCGAGGCUUAUGGCCAUCACGAGCUCCCAGCAAAGGAAAGGGCUUCAAUGGAGGUGGAAAGAAGGGAGGAAAAGGUAGUGGUGGCUACCCUCCUCGACGGACACUGGCUGAGCGAAUCGCCAACUCGACGUGUCGAAUCUGCAACAAGCCAGGCCAUUGGAAGAGGGAAUGUCCACAGCGACAAGAUCGACCAGACCGACAAGUUGACGUGGCCACCAUGGCCGAGGAGAUGUCCGAGCAGAAUCCACCAGAGCUCCCAGAAGACCUGCCGUUCGAGAUCCAGGAACCUAUUGAGAACCAUUUUGAUAAGGGGGGUGAUGUCUUGGUGAAACCGGUGAUAGAUGGUGAGAUUUUCCAUGAGGAGUGUUUUGUUAGCCUAGAAGAGUUGGGGUUUCGAGAGAAGUUGAACAGAGCACUCAAUCAUUCGGCAAGGCAUCACGAUGAAUGUCCUGUGCGACGGCCAGCCGGGACGCAUGAAGCGAAAAGCUUGAGCCAGUCUUUCUCCAUUCAUCAGACCUCUCACGUUUCGGCCAAAGACGGCCAUGAAGAAUCGAGUGAAGAGGCGAUUUUGGACACCGGAGCAAGCCGAACGAUCAUCGGUAGUGAAAGGGUCCCCCAGUUAGAAAGGCCUUUGAAGGGCAUUGAGAUUCAGCGUGGUCCAUCACGGUGCGUUUUUCGCUUCGGUAACAGUGGUUUGCUCCAUAGUGAAGAGGCACUGUUCUUGAAACGACAUGGAAAAGGCUGGCUCCGCGUUGAGAUCGUGCCCGGAAGCACUCCAUUUCUGAUUUCAAUUGCUGUGAUUGAAGGCAUGAAGGGAAUUUUGGAUGUUCAUUUGGGUUGUUUGCGUUUCCAUGGAAGUGAUGAUGUGUUGAGGCUGAGACAGGACGUGCAUGUUGAAUUUGUGAAGCAACCAAACCACGAUGAAAGACAAACAAGUUUGCUACAAACCACAGACUUGCAGCAGCCAGCAUUUCGUGAUCCUCGUGAACUUUCGGCAGCCAGAGUGACAGAUCAAGAGACGACCUUCGACAUGGCACUGCGGAAGACCGUUCCCCAGUUACAACUCGACGAGUUGUCGGGAGAAGAGGACGCAGCUCUAGUCCAGGAGACCCAUCAGCCACACACCUACCAGUACAAGGUACCGGCAGGGAUUCGAAACCUUCAUCAAUGGGGACUAGAGACAUUUCAGUCGGGAAAGCGCAAGGGGAAGACCUUUGCAGAGACCUACAAGAAAGACAGCGGGUAUGCUCAGUUCAUCCUGCACAACACCCGAUUGACGUCAGUCGACAUGCUCAGUUUCCAGAACUAUGUCAAGGCCACCAAGAAGAAGCUGUCUCAGGAGAUGUUGCAAGGGCCCAUCAUGCCGAAGACUCAGGCUCAUCGCCAUUCUGCAAUGAGCUCGGGAAGAAUCCCGAACAAAGUUCCUCCAGGACCAGCAACCGGCUCCGAGGCCGAGUGGAUUCCGAUCGAUCCACUCCCUUUGGGCAGUCCAGAGAAGCCGACGUCAGAGACACGCAAAAGGGACUAUUCGCAGACCAUGGUCCCGACGCAGAUGGUGAUCGAAGAGGACAGCCAGAAGGUGAACGAGCUUCAGGCCCAGAUUGCCAUCCUGCAAAGGGAACUGGCCAAGCAAAAGGCUCCACAGUCCAACGAUCCCCAGACUCCCUGA